CUAAUCAUACCGGAUCUAAUCUCAGCUUGGGUGAUCCGGAAACUGCAUAGUUUAGAACCACGUGCACUCAUCAGCUCUCUCGUAGAUUCGAGCCUCCUCAAGACAACUAAUGGCCAGAAGUAAAGAACUCGUCCCCGGCGUCGGCCGUCUUUCUCGCUCCCAGGUUGCCGCCUACCGUGGUCUGCACAAGGGUGCCAAAAAGUCCGACAAGCCCGCUGCAACUGAGUCGCCGGCGACUGUCGAGAAAACUGUCGGUGGAGCCAACAACGGCGGAAAGCGACUCGUGCCUACCUCCAAGGCCUCGCGCUUCUACCCCGCUGAGGACGUUCGCCAACCCAAAAAGAGCCGCAAGACCGCGAAACCCACACACCUUCGCUCUUCCAUCACCCCUGGCACCAUCCUCAUCCUCCUUGCCGGUCGUUUCCGUGGCAAGCGUGUUGUUUUCCUGAAGCAGUUGGAGAGCGGUCUUUUGUUGGUUACUGGCCCCUUCAAGGUCAAUGGUGUGCCCCUCCGACGGGUAAACCAGGCCUAUGUUAUCGCCACCUCGACCAAGAUUGCGCUUGACGGCUUCAAGAUUGACGAGAAAAUCAAUGACUCAUAUUUCGCCAAGGCAGCCGUGAAGGGAUCUCAGUCUGCAGAGGCAGAGUUCUUCGAGAACGGGAAGCCCAAGGCUAAGGAGGCCUUCCCUGAAUCCAAGUCGGCUGACCAGAAGGAGAUCGACAAGGCUAUCCUUGCCUCGCUGAAGAAGACGGAGAACCUCGCCAAAUACCUCAAAGCGAGCUGGGGUCUCUCCAAGGGACAGUUCCCUCACCAGAUGGUCUUCUGAGGGGUGUAUCAGGCUCUUCUUUAUGCGAUGUAUGUUGUUAUGAAUCCCUCGAAAACUACAUGCCAUCAUCACUUCUACACUGCAAUGCCUGGCUCAUAAAUGUCCGUCAAGUGUCCUGUAUCUCAUAAUUGAUGUCCUGGUGAAGGAUAGGUGCGGUAUGCCUAACCAGAUUCCUGCCCUGGGGCAGAUUUGUAUGUAACAUGGAAUUUCGGCCCGAUUUUCUGAUGUUUGCUCUUUCACGUCAACUUCCACCACGAACGCUCAAACGUGUUCCCGGACGCGCUCCUUCAAACAAACGCUUUUUCAUACAAUCUCUCUGCGAUGGAUUCCUGGAUUUAGCCACUGCUCUGCCGUACCCGCCGUCUGUUCCACCAUAUGCUACCACAAUAAUACUGGCCACCGUAGCUUCGCGUCUCGCUCUCUUUCCGAUCGCUCUUUGGGUCAGUUCGACCAUGUUUGAACGCCCGGCGAAGCGUUCUGACAUAGCUAAAGGGAAGGAACCGGGUUCGACGUCUUGAAAAUGUCGUCCUACCUGAAGUCGAGAGGAUUAAGCCGAUUAUAUCCAAACGAGUACUCGAAGAAAUGAAGAAGGAGGGAAUGCCUAAAGAGAUGCUAGUUCCUGCCACUCUUCAGCGGAUACAUAUGUCACGAAUGAUGCAAAGAGUCAAGGCUGAGCAAAAAAGGUUGAUUGCGCAACACAAAUGCCAUCCUGUCCUCUCCAUGGCUGUGAGCCCACUCAGCCAACUUCCUGUCUUCGUUGUCAUGAGUAUCAUGUUCAACCGCCUGGCUCAAGACCCCACACCAUUCGACUCUGAGGCGUUCUUCACUCUGACGACGUUGAAUCAUCCUGACCAGACAUGGACCUUGCCGAUCAUCCUGGGUAUGGUCACCAUGGCCAACGUCGAAUCGAACAACUGGCUCAUGAGCGCAUAUCAAAGAGAACGACUGAGAAAGGCGGAAGAGCACAGGCAAAAGCUCGCUGCCAGUGGUCAGAUGACGAUACGCCCCCAGAGAGUCGUGAAAAGCGUUUUGAACGUACUGUCCGUGGCGCGUAUCCUUCUCGCUGCCAUCAGUCCUGGAAGUGUCGUUCUCUACUGGACGACCUCGGCGACGUUUGGUCUCGUUCAGACUUGGAUAUUGGAUUAUUCGCCAGCACAUAGAGCCAAGACACUCGAGAGUGUUCAAGUGCAGACUCCAGUGAAGACGACAAUCCCUGAAGCGAAAGCCCCAGCUGCCCAGCUGAAAGCUCCAGUCACUCCUGGGAAAGCUCCGAGCGCUGCGGAGAAAUCCACUCCAAACCUGCCAAUGUCUCUUCCUCCAAAAAGAAAAGCAAACGAUCAUAGGCCAGUCAUGUAGCAAGUGAGUAGCAGUAGAGGCGUAGGCGUACAUGAUUCAAAAAUACAACUAAUCACAACCAAUCAUCUUCGCAACCAAAUAUUUUGAUCAGCCCAUACCGCCCCAGACGCCUCGUAUCCUUCGCGCUAGCUGAAUAUCUCGCUGCAUCAACGUAACCCGUUUGGCGUGGAUGGCACAAAGAUUCCUUGAAUUCUGUCAGUUAAGUCGCGAGGAUCGACCAAUGAUGAGCUCAUACGCGUCUUCAAAUAGAUGGACCAGGUACGCUUCCGUAGCCUCUUGCAAUGCCAUUAGAGCAGAGCUUUGCCACCGUAAUCCGGCUCCGGGACCAUAAUUGUUGUUCAUGUCCGUCAUUAAAUCGUUGGCAAUUUCCCGAACCUGGAUAGCGCAAAUGAGAGACGAAACAGAUCACAGGGGGAUUGUAGCCACCAGACGAGCGAAUGGCAGCUUUCUCAGCAAGAGGUCGGUCGACUUCUGGUACUUGCGGAUCUCACGCAGUGCCACAGUCCCAGGUCGGAAACGUUUC